AUGAGUGAAACCAAUUGGGACGAUGUGACAGUUCUUCGCAAGAGAAGUGAACACGCUAAAGUCACCAAGGGUGAUGCAGCAAUCAAUGCAGCUCGCCGUGCAGGGGCUGUUGUCGGAGUAGAACGUAAAAUAAUUGUUUAUAUUCAAGAUGCCGGUGGUACUAAUAAAGCUCAUACAAGCACCGAUCACCAAAAGAUUGCUAAACUAGAUCGAGAGAAUGACGUGACACCGCCGCCAAAAGUUAGUUUGUCAGUUGGGAAAGCUAUCCAACAAGCCAGACAAGCUAAAGGUUUAACGCAGAAAGACCUUGGACAAAGAAUCAAUGAAAAGGCUAAUAUCAUUAAUGAUUACGAAAUGAGCCGUACAAUUCCUAAUCAACAGAUUCUUUCUAAACUGGAACGUGUUUUAGGCGUAAAGCUACGAGGAAAAAAUAUUGGAGAGUCUCUUCACUAA